ACCAUUCAUACAAGAUAAAAAAGAACCGGGCUCACACCAAUCAAAAUAAACCCAUCUUCUUCAUUUGCAGGCAAUCAAAAAGCCGAAAAUCAUGGCACUGAGAAUGUGGGCUUCUACCACUGCCAAUGCCCUCAAAAUUUCUUGUGCUACCACCAAAGCCCCUGUUUUCUCCCUCUCCAGAUGCUUUUCCACUGUUUUGGAUGGGUUGAAAUAUGCUGAAUCACAUGAAUGGGUGAAGCACGAAGGUCCAGUAGCUACCAUUGGCAUCACUGACCAUGCUCAGGACCAUUUAGGAGAGGUAGUGUUUGUAGAGCUGCCAGAACCAGGUGGUUCAGUGAGCAAAGGAAAAGGGUUUGGGGCUGUUGAAAGUGUUAAAGCAACCAGUGAUGUCAAUUCCCCUAUCUCUGGUGAAAUCGUUGAGGUUAACUCCAAGCUUACUGAAACUCCUGGCCUGAUCAAUUCAAGCCCAUAUGAAGGAGGAUGGAUGAUAAAGGUGAAACCCGGCAGUCCUUCAGAAUUAGAAUCCUUGAUGGGUCCAAAGGAAUACACCAAAUUCUGUGAGGAAGAAGAUGCUUCCCACUAAUAACUUUGUAUCACCCAACUAAGCUUGUUUUUUUACACAUGUUCUAUGUUAUUAAUAAUAAUCCACAUUCUUCACUUUCUUUAA